GGGAAGGCAUUUGCAUCAUGAACACAGGGAACUGCAGUGUUAUACAGCAUAUAUUGACUGAUGUGAAGGCAGGAAGCAGAGAAUAUCACCGGAUUAUUCAUCACAGCCAGAUUCAAAGUUAGUGAGAGGAUACCAAGGAGCUUAAUGGAGUCUCCAGUGGUGUUCAUCCUGUUCUUGGCCACACUGACUUUUACAGAUCUGGCACACAGCCAGACUAUAUAUGCGUCUAAGAACCCCGUCGCAGUGGGAAGCAGUGUUACACUCAGCAGCAAUGUCACAUCAGGCGGAUGGCUAUUCAACGGCCGCCUGAUUGUGAUAACACUAAACGAAACAUAUGACAUAUCCAGCACCUGGGAAGACAGAGUAACACUUAACACAAAUACUUCAUCACUGACCAUAAACCCAGUAACACUGAAAGACUCUGGAAGCUACGUACUGGAGAACCUAGUGGAUGGAUCUUUUUCUCAAUUAACACUUUUAGUUGAAGAGCCUGUUUCAAAUGUGACCGUUCAGACAAACAAAAUCAACCUGGUGGAGUUCAAUGACACAGCAGUACUCAUGUGCAGUGUGUCCAAAGGCACAUCCUCGUUUUAUCAGUGGUUCAAUGGGAGCUCAAUGAUCACGGCCAAUGAACAUCUUCAACUCAGCAGUGGAAACUCCAUUCUCACUAUCAGGAACGUGACCCGCUAUGAUCAAGGACCGUACAAGUGUAAUGUGUCUAACAAUGUCAGCAAUGACAUCAGCGCCCCUGUGAAUCUGAACAUCAACUAUGGUCCAAGUAACGCAAAGAUGACAGUCAUGCCCGUAAGCAGCAUAUACAAAGGCGGAUCUAAUAUCACACUGUCAUGCUCAGCUGACUCCAGUCCUCCAGCAAUGAUCACUUGGAUGAUUGAUGGAGUGUACCAAACAAACACAUCAAGUAUUGAACUACGGGACGCUACUGAGAGCAAAUCGGGAAAUUACACAUGUCUAAUUCAGAAUACAGUCACGCUGAGAUUCAGCAGCAAAACGACAGCAAUCCAGAUUGUGGAUCCUGUGAAAGCAGUAGCGGUGAAUCUUUCCCAUCCAGCAUCACUUGGUGAGAUGUUCUCUUUGAGCUGUGAAGUGAAGGGAGCUGCUGACAUGAUUUUUUGGUGGAGAAAUGGAGAAAUCCUUAUUUCUGCUGACAAUAACAACACAGCGUUUAGCCCGGACAACAAGACACUCACUAUAACUUCAGCCCAACAUUCAGAUGGUGGAAAUUAUCAAUGUCAGGCUUUCAAUGCUGUAAGCAACCUGACCAGUGACAAGUUCACAGUCACAAUUUACUAUGGACCAGAAACACCUUUUGUUUAUGGCCCAGCUUUUGCUGAAACAGGACGUCAAGCUGUCUUCAAUUGUUCUGCCGAGUCAGAGCCUCCCAGUACAUUCUUGUGGUGGUUCAAUGGAUCCAUCGUGGCCAAUACAUCAGACUAUACAACCGAUGUGUUGUCAUUAAACAUGAGCGGAGAGUACACCUGCAUGGCCAUUAAUAAUGUGACAGGAAAGAACAGCACAAACUCCACGACACUCACCGUGAUUGAGGCCAUACAGUCAGUGAUGAUCAAAAACAGCACCUUUCCGAUAAACAAUCAAAACAUCACUCUCAUCUGUGAGGUCACUGGACACUAUGACACAAUCUCCUGGAUGAAAGACAACAAGACGCUCAACAUGAACUCGUUUAAUGUCUCAUAUAUGUUCUAUAACAUUGAAAAAAACAUGUUGCACUUCACCCCAGUGACCAAGAACAGUGAAGGGACAUAUCAGUGUGUUGCGACUAAUAAGAUUGGCCAGUAUAUGAGCCAGUACAGUCUACUGGUGAGCGAUCCAAUCUAUGAUGUGAAAAUAAAUGCACCAGCCAUACCUGUCAAAGAAAAUUCCGCCUAUAAUUUAACAUGCAAUGUCACUGGAGCUGCUGAUUACAUUUACUGGAAGAAGAAUGGGCAGAGACUGCAUGGAGACAACAGAAUUAUUUUCUCAGGGGAUAACAAGACAGUCUGGUUUAGUCCACUAAAUCGAAAUGACAGUGGAGACUACUACUGUUUGGCUUUUAAUGCUACUGGAAACGUGUCCAGCCCUCCAUACAGGCUUGUUGUCAUCUAUCCAAUAGAAAAUGUGGAAGUAAAAGCACCAAUGACGCCAGCCAUAGAAGGUAAUUCAUAUAACUUAGCAUGCAAUGUAACUGGACCUGCUGAAUACAUUUACUGGAUGAAGAAUGGGGAGAAACUGCACGAUGACAACAGAACUGUUUUCUACAUGGAAAAUAAGACGCUCCACCUCAAUAUGGUGCAGCGCUAUGAUAAUGGAAACUACUGCUGUGUGGCUAUUAAUGCUUUUGGAAACUACUCCAGCCUUCCUUACAACCUCAUCGUCAACUAUGGACCAGAUACGCCCAUCAUUUAUGGGCCAGCUUUUGCGGAAACAGGAAGUCAGGCUAACUUCAGCUGUUCUGCCAUGUCAGUGCCGCCCAGCCAAUUCUUCUGGUGGUUCAACGGAUCAAUUGUGUCCAACACGUCAGUGUACACAACUAGCCUCUUGUCUUUCAACAUGAGCAGAGAAUACACCUGUAUGGCCAUUAAUAAUGUGACAGGAAAAAACAGCACAAACUCCACUACGCUCACAGUCAUUGAGCCCAUACAGUCAGUGAUGAUCAAAAACAAGACAAUUCCAAUCAACACUAAAAACUUAACUCUCACCUGUGAGGUUGUUGGGCCCUAUGACACGAUCUACUGGAUGAAAGACAACACGAAGCUCAACACGAACACCUCCUCUAAUGGCCCAUCCAUGUCCUACCAGAUUGAAAACAACACACUGCUCUUCACCCCAGUGACACUGAACAGUGAAGGGGCAUAUCAGUGUGUUGCUACCAAUAAGGCUGGUUAUCGCGUGAGCCUCCAGUACAAUCUGUUGGUGAACUAUGGCCCACUAAGUUUGACUAUUUCCUCUGCAAGUGUGUCCAUGGCAAUGACCCUGAUAUGCACGGCUGAUUCUCGGCCAGUAUGUGACUUCUACUGGUUCUUCAACAAUCUGUCAACACCUCUACAGAAGGGACCUAUGAUUGUAUUCCCUAAAACCACACCAAAUAUGGGGACGUACAUAUGCCAGGCACAGAACCCCUUGACUAAUGAAACAAUGUACAAAUAUUUUACUGUCACAGCUCACGCCCCUGCCAUCCACUUCCCAUACCAAGGCAGCCUGAUGAUGAUGGUUCUGUUUGCCUUUUCUGCGCCUGUGUUGUUCAACUGAGUUCUCCACACUGUUAAGUCUUCUGAGAAUGAAAGGCUUCUUUUUCUCUUACAUAGUGUAGUCCAUAAUCCUAAUGUUAGACAUACACAUUAUUUAAUUAGUGCAAUGCCUGCUUUUUAUGUUCAAUAUUAUAUCUGUAAACAGUAAAAAGUAGUUUUGCUAGUUUUAAUGCUGUCAUUGUAAUCACUGCUCUGGAGCUAGUUCAGAGAAUACACUUGGAGAGUUUCAUAAAGGGAAAGCAUGUGAAUGUGCUCUUUCUCGCAAAUUUAAAAUCACUCUGCCCAUUAAACUAUAUUAAUGAUAUAUUUAAUGUUAUAUAAUAUGUACUUCAAUUAUUUUAUUAUACCUUGAUUCACCUUAUUUAUUAUAAAUGAAUUAAAAAAAGACAACAUAAUGUAUUUUGUUGAGAUUUUAUUAAGCGAAAUUUUUGAAAAUAAUGAUGAUCCCAUUCAGAAAGCUAUAGUGAAAUCAGAUUCCAGUCUUACAGUUUCUUUUACACUGCAUUUGUAAAAAUUAUAACGUGUAUGCAUAUAAUUGGCAAUGAGUCUUACAAAAGCAUGAGCAUGGUUCAGAAUUAAAGUUGAAUGUUUAAAUUUUU